AUGGUGCUCUCCCAUUUGCUCGAUCUUACGCAGCUCACUGCAGCUCAGCUCGAGUCGCCUCGUUCGCCUGACCGGGACCCGCUGGUGCACCACAAACUUCACGUGAGGCGCGGAGCGAGGCCGCAACUUCAGAACGCACCAGUUCCCAUAUUGAGCCAUCCGCUGACCAACUUCUACUCCAUAAUUUCCUGCAGACUCCGCGCAACUGGGAAUCGGAGGACGCGCUGUCGCAGGUCGACCGUGAUCUUUUUAGGGGUUCGCCGAAUCCGCGCAAACGACCUCGGCGCGGCGCGGCGAUCACGGCAAGAAGGUUUGAUCUCGACCUCAGCGACGGGCCACCUUCUUGUUCUGCUGCAUCGGACAAGCGGGGACAUACCUCAAGGCCGGAUGAGAAAUCUUCCUCUCAUCUUUCUACACGAAAGAUCUCGCACUCCCUCAUCGAGCGACGACGGCGCGAGCGUAUCAACGAUUGCUUGUCGCAGCUCAAGCGGCUUGUACCACAAUGUCGAGAGUACGGCGAGCAGAAAGUGCGGAGGGCUCAUGAGAGGGGAAGAAAUCGACUCAGAGCGAAUGACCCGAUGGAAGACAGCAGCGGCGGGUCGGGCUUGCACAAACUGGAAAUUUUGCAAGUAAGUACGGUCUUGCAAAGUUCGGCCUCUGACCGUUGUCCUUCCAAUUUGACAUUGCUCUUGCAACGGUACAAACAGGGAACCAUACUCUAUAUCUCCGAACUACAGGGUCGUGUCCAGCUUCUCGAAGAGCAAAUCGCUACCCCGUCAAACUUGCUGGAUUCAAACCACGCAUGCUGUUGCAAGCUAGCUGGCCCGCCUGCUGCGACUGACCACAUGGAUGCUGCUGCCUUACUUUUGAAGUUUUCCACUAGCCCUGAAUUAAGACCUGUCAGUAUAUAG